GUCCCAUUGCGCUUGAUUUGGUGCUGGGUUCUUCUGGUGGCCGACGGGGUCUGCCUCUGCCAGUGACAGUUAUUGAGCAAUUUGAAUCAGUGUGAAUGGCUUUUGUGUGUGUGUGUGUGUGUGUGUGUGUGUGUAGUGUAGUGUUGAUUUCCAAGUGCUACUGCUGCUGCUGCUGCUGCUAGUGCCGUAUACAUUACGCCGUCCUCCACCGUCCCGGCCGCGUGCGCAUCCGAGCGCAUAAGUGUGUAUUGAUUAUUGCUUACAAUUAUUGUUUUAUAUUUUUCUGUUGUUGUUGCUGCUGCUGCUGCUGUUCACCGAUAAUAGAGUGGAAACGUGUUUAUUUUAUAGCCAACGCGGGCAACAAGUGUACAAGUGCGCGAAAGGGCUAGUGGCGAAGAAGCAAAACAACAAAAAAAGAGCAAUAAAAAGGUGCCAUUUGUCAGUGACUCAAUCCUUCGCACAGGACCAGUAAGAAAACAAAAAUCAACCCUCCCCUCUUCAUCAUCAGCGGUGGCGUGCCGAGCGGGCUUGACGAACGAUGGUGGCGUUUAGCGAUCGAUCGUUAAAAUAUUAAAACCGCGCGCACGCUUCACACCACCACCAUUUCGGCUACGGAUAAGCUCUGCGAAAAACACGUGUUACGGGUAUUUGAUGUGAUUCGUACGUACGUCGAGCUUAAGAUUGAUUGAAACCUGUGCGCCCCCCGCUCCCAGGCCCAGUGAACUAAAAAUGACCCAAGCGGAAGAGGUUCUAGAGGUGAAGAAUCUCUACCACAGCAACGUGCCGGAUGAUCAGCAUUCACCGAACCACAGUGACAAAGAGCACCAGCAGCAACCGCCCAGCAACAAUGAGUCAAACAAUCACAAUCCACCACGAUCCAUAUCCGUGGACAGGAUCUUGAAAAAUGGUGACCACAACGACGACACGGCCGAGGAUCACGACAUCAACCGAAGUACCCCGCUCGCGCACAGCAAAGCACCGAGCGAUGAAUGGACAAAACAAACCCAGUGGCAUCCACACGUGUACGCGAACCCACCGAAGCAGCCACCGACACCGCACUCCAUCAUGGACAUUCUGGGGUGGAAGGGAACGGGCGUCGCUGCUGCUGGUACGCCAAAUUCCCAUGUCCCAAUGGGGGAAGACAAUCACACCAAACUGCCGUACCGCAGUCUCUUCGACGCAGCCAGCAAAGAGGAAUGCCGUGAUGACGUUUCGUCCACCUAUUACCGUCCAACUGAUGUCGAGGAGCAGCAGCAGCAUCAGCAGCAGCAGCGAUCGAUAGUCGAGGACGAGGACAACAUUACCGUCGAUCAGGACGAUGACAGCGAUGAGGAGGAGAUCGAAGAGAAGCGGCCCAAUGUGGUCGAACGGACGCGCACCAUGAGUCCCAACGAUGAACCGCUCAAUCUGUGCAUAGUGAAACACACCUCGUCGGCGAAUGUAACGCCUCCUGUGCGUAGAAAAACGCCCAGCUUAGGUCGGAAUUCAUUGGAACGUUUUCACGAGCGAAAAAUUAUGUCCGAAGAAGACUCCACGCAAGAAUCGACACGAUCCUCCUCGGUGCACUACCAUCAGCGACACACGCCGGCCCAUCUUACGCCGGCCCACCACCAGCAACGUCCGCGGAGUGUUGUGCCACCUCCAGCACUGGCCCACUCGAGCGAUGCCGACUCGGACAUCUGCAUGUCGAACGAUGACUCCUCGACGGCCGACGGCCAUUUUAGCGCGGUCAGCGAUGCUGUCGCCUCGGCCACAAUGACCAUGUCGACGCUGUUUUCGCUGCCGAAGCCGGCGGGCGUGCCGACGAACGGUGUGACCGCCGGCGCCGUGCUGACCGAGGAGGAAACGACCACCACUAGCGCCCCUAGUCAUCAUCGGCGCAAGAAGAAGGCGCGCACCACCUUCACCGGGCGCCAGAUCUUCGAGCUGGAGAAACAGUUCGAGGUGAAGAAGUACCUUUCGUCGAACGAGCGGACGGAAAUGGCCAAGCUGUUGAACGUUACGGAAACACAGGUAAAAAUAUGGUUUCAAAACCGACGCACCAAGUGGAAAAAGCAGGACACGGCGGGCAGUGGCGAGCUGCCAGCCUCAUCCGGCGGUCAUGCGAUCCCCUCCUCCCCGUCGCCCCAUUCGCCGAAGGAUGCAACCAAAGGGAUCGGCAGCGGCAGCAACAGCAGCAGCAGCAGUGGCCGGCCACUGUCGAAUGCUGCCGUCGCUUCCAAACUGUCCGCCACGGAGCUCCCGGCACAUGGGCCGGCCUGGGUGAACGAGCUAGAAAGUGGACGACCACCGCCACCACCACCGGCACCGGCCGCUUCGCAGCUGGGCAAAUCACGUGCGUACGCCAAAGCCAGUACCGCUGUAAGAAAAGGCAAACAGCACCCAGAGCGACAUCUAUCGGUGGAGACCAGCGACCGACGAAGCGCGUCGUCGAGCAGUAGCGGCACCGCGAUGUCGAGCAGCCGAAGCAAUAGCGCCGCCGCCGCCACCACAACCGUCGAACAUCCCGGUCAACAAAUGGCACAGUCGGCAUGAUGUCGCAGCAAACAGCCGGCCACGACCAGCCGGCGCAAACGCGGCAGGAAACCGUGUGCACCGCGUGCGCGCAUCCGUUAACUUCCCUCUUUUGGGCGGGCUCCUUCUCCCGCUGCUGCCUGCAUGUAUCCCAGUUUGGCCCGCUCUGCCGCCGAAGUAUGUUAGUUUUCCUUGUGUGCCAUUUGUGUGGGACGGAAACGGUAAUUGGGAUGCUUCUUGGCGUGCGUUUUUUGCCCUCAACCCACACACACACACACCUGCAGCAGACUGCAGGAAAGUAGGAGGAAAUAAUGCACGCACAAAGCGUUGUGUUGGCGCACGCACCAGAGUGUGUGCUUUCUUGAACUUUAUUUUCGUGAACGAAAAAAUGCAUUAGAUGUAGGUUAGAAACAAACGCUACACUCGCUUGUGCAGGCGCGUGCACACACAAAACACACAAACCAGUAGGAAAGAAAAAGGAAUUAAAAACAAUUGAAUUCGGCAAAAAAAUAGAGAAGGCAGAAAAAUGAUACGAAUUUUAUAUUAAGACCAAAGUAGAAAGUGUAUGCAAUUAAGGUAAAACAAAACGAAGAAGAAGAAGAUGAUGAAUUUAGACUGCUUGUCGAUCGGAACUAAUCCAAACAACGUGAAGAGAGAAAUAAAAACAAAACACAUUUAAACCAC